UGACAAACCAAGGCCACAAGGCCUCUUGCCUUUUUGAAUCUUGACCGACUUCCUUUCAAUAUAAAAGCAUAUCCAAAUCUCUUUUCAGUUUUCUUAGAAAUUUUGUCUAUUUUCUCUGGUUCACCGAACCAAAUCUACUAAUCCCAAAUUGACCCUUUUGUCCAACCGAUCUUCCUCAGCAUAAAAUCCAGAAGCAGAAUCAAACUCUGGUUUGUGCAAUUUUAUAUAGUUGGGAGUUGGGCGUGCAAACUCCGAGGUUGUCUCUAUUCUUUGACUGUCUUUACUCCCAAACUGAAAGACGCUGCAACAUGCCAGUUUCCGAAUCCAUGGCCAUCAGAAAUGGCACUUCCGAACCUGAUAGCUUCCACAACUUCUUUGAGCUCUGGGUUUCCGAGCAAAACCAAUACCUCCAAGAACUCAUCUCUGCCUCUCAACACCACAAGCAAAGCUCCAACAUCAGCUCUGAGGAUGACUCGGUGAUCUUGAGCCCAUUCAUCGGCAGAGUGAUCAACCAUUACGAGCAAUACUAUGGUGCAAAGUCGAAGUGGGCUAAGCAAGACGUGUUUGCCAUGUUGUCACCUUCAUGGAGGUCCUCACUUGAGAACGCGUUCAUGUGGAUAGGAGGGUGGAGACCCAGUAUGGCUUUUCACUUGCUUUACUCCAAAUCCGGGUUACAACUCGAGGAGAAAUUCACUGAGUUGGUUCGCGGGUUUAGUUCUGGCGAUUUGGGUGAUCUUUCUCCGAGUCAGCUCAACCAGGUGGAUGCUUUACAGAGGAGGACUAUUGUGGAGGAGAAGGAGAUUACUGAGAAGAUGGCAGAGCUUCAAGAAACUGUGGCAGACUCGUCCAUGGUUGAGUUGUCACAUGUGGUGUCUGAGUUGAUGAGGGAAAGAGGUGGUAGUGUUAAUGGAGUGGAGGAAGAGCGAGUUGAGUCGACUCUGGGGCCUAAAAAGGAAGGGUUGGAGGAGAUCUUGCAGAAAGCUGAUGAUCUACGGUUGAGAACUCUUAAAGCAAUUCUUGAAGUUUUGACUCCAAUCCAGGCCGUCCAUUUCUUGAUUGCUGCUGCUGAGUUGCACCUCAGGCUUCAUGAUUGGGGGAAGAAGAGGGACGAUGUGGUUAGGCAACACCGUGGGACUGGUGGCACUGACCGGUGACAGAACUUUUGUACCACAAUUUUUGGCAUCACGUGAGUAGUGAAAAAAAACUUGGUAAUAGUUGGCAAUGGUCUAUGAUGGGACUGACGAACUCACCAUUUGAUGGGACUGACGAACUCACCAUCUGAUGGGACUGACGAACUCACCUUUCUUGGACGACCUCAUCGAGACCGACGAGGCUGUCCUCUGAGACGAACUAACCACAUGUCCAUAUCAUUGACGAAGGUAACAAAACCAUUUAAUACAGCUAAUAAUGUCCCGAACGGUUACAAAACCAGCUGUACAGACUGUUGGAUGCCUCAUUAAGGCACACAUUAUUAAGCAUGAGACGUUACCAAAAGAGACAUUAAAACCACAUUAACAACCACAACGGCUAGGG